GGUGUAACUCAAAACGCUACUCCCUCAUCGAUCAUGGAGUUAUUGCUUGAAGAGGAGGCUUCACGUCUCGCAAACCUAGUUAGCGGUUGGUACCUGGAUCACGUUAAUCAGGACGUGUCCGAUUUCAUUGAGGCCAAAAUCGAUGAGGAGGAAAGCUGUAUUGAGAUCCACCCUAAAGAGAAUAUUAGACCAGUCGAAGAGGAAUUCCUCAAGACCAUGGGAAUAACUGUUAUAUUUCAGGGCGAGGUGAAGAACAUGAAGAACGACAGGAAAUUAGAUAUGAUCCGUUCUUUGGAAAACGCCUUGCUUCCAGAAGACAAGCUGUUGACACACAGGGGAUUGGCGCACAUUGAGAGCAAGACACAUGUAACUUACAUAGCGAAGGUCCCGGAGAUAGUUGAUUAUCUACUAAUGAAAGGAAUUGAGAAAUUCGUGGAUAAGGGCAAGACGUACAAGAUUUUGUUUCGUCCAUGGAUGCCUCGAUCAGAAUGGAUUCAGCAGAGGGAGGAAGAGAAAAGAAGUGUCUACUGGGUAAUGGCGCUUAGAUUUCCGAUUAACGCUUCCUUCUAUAUCAAGUCUGGUAUCGAAAUGGUAAUGGGGAAAAUUCUGAAGGAAUUUGACCCGGUGAGCGAUCCAAUCGAUCCCGGACUGGGUAACCUCAAAUUUCAGUUACACCCAGACGCAGAAGCAAAGUACGUGCGUUCCCUGAAGGUUUGUACCGGAAAGGAAUCACUGACAGGUGAUCUUGUUAACAGCAAGACCCCUCGGUGCGAUGGUUGUAAACGAUACUUGAGAUUGCCAGACGAAUGCAUAUGCGAAGACGGAGAGGAAGAUCAGGGACAAGACACACUAACUCUUGCAGGCAGGAGGCAGGACAACUCUGCUAACCGGAAGCUAGGCCUCGGCUCAUUCCAGGCUCUGGGCAUGCCCACCGCUUCGGGCUCCAUGAACCCACAGCACAAAUCCACGAAGAAAGAAAGAAAGAAGACCACAACCCCAACCAAAUGGCUGAACCCCCUGCUCCAGCCCUCGGGGGCCGCAGGCAGGGGAAGUCAGCCCGGAAGGGGUGCUCCAGAUCCUCGGGGUAACACAGCAACAGGGCUAGACAGACAGGGUCAAUACACCCCCUCUCGCCUAGGCCAAGUGCCCUCCAAUGCCACACAGCUUAAUGCGCCGUCUGGUGCCAAAGGAACCUGGCACCAAAACAUUCGACAGUGGAAAGGCCUGAACGCAGAGGCAGUCCCAGCGGGAACUUCACAAGGGAGCACGGGCGGCACAGCUGGUCCUUCGUCCUCACACCCGGAAGGCCAUGCCGUCAACGGAGCUACAACAACAAUGUUGGUAGAAGACAAAGGUAGGGAGGACUCCCAGAAAAGAACAAGACCUCAAGCGUUCGGGGAGGACGCUGCCCCAGGUCCAGCAGGGAACAAGACCAACGCCACGGAGGGGACAACGAAAGGUUCGUGCGUAGCAAUGCCAAUUUUGCUGAAGAAUACCAACCAGGGACCGUUCCUCAUGUUGAAGGUUAACAAUCAGGGAGGUUACAACUUCCCGUAUGCGUCAGUGGCAUCCCCCCCGACCCAUUAACCCUAUUUAAUCUGGGAAUGGAAGUGGCUCAGGGCAGAUUUGCUGUAAGGCCUAUCCCGGAUCACCCAAUGA